ACAUUUUGACAUACAACCUGUCUACGAGCAACGCCAUCUAUUACAAUUCGGUGACAACACGACGCCAUCGACCGGAGCAGGCGCCGCUCUGUUUUAUCGAUCGGUGCGGCCAAUAAGGAAAGAGGAAGAUUCUGUUUUAACGACAUUAACAUUUUACAUUGUUUUUUAACAACCGCCGUUUCUUUUCUAACUGGAACGUGGAAGAAAUCUCUCUCUCUUAUUUAAGUACUAAUUUAGUAUUUUUGUAACAAUAAAAUAAACGCAUUAAUUCACAUCAAUAAUAAAGGCAUUCAUUGAAGGCAACCUAAGUAAAAUCCUGGAAGCGAGUGCACGCAUUGCCGUACAUAAGCCGUGCUGACACCACACAUUGGAAGUCCUAACAAAUUGGUCCUUCGAGCCGGAUCUUCACCUGAAUCAGCAUUGGCAGUCACGUAUUUCGCGGCCACGUGUGCAGCUGGAACCCACCAGCAUUUGCGAACAAUAUUGCCGUUUAAUCUGUAAGUACUUGAUUCCUUUCCCCUGUAAAUCACCAAUAUGGGUAAAAAGAGGCAUUCCCUUAUAGACACAGAAAGUAAUGAAGAUAUAAUUCGCGAUUUAGUAAAAAAACGAGGUUCAGUCAAAGGAAAAUUCACAUUGUUCGUAAAAUAUGUGCAAUCUUUAGACGAGUCACAAUUAACACAAAGUCAGAAGUUAGAACUAGAAGAACGUUAUCAAAAAGCUAAAAAUUUGUUUGAUACAUUUUCUGAGAUUCAAGACGAACUAGAUUUGGCUGUCUCUGAGUUUCAAUUAGAUAAGGAGUUACAGGAGAGAGAAGCGUUUCAAGACCAAUAUUAUUCUAUGGUGGCUAAAUGUAAAUGUGUUCUUAAAGAAUAUAGUAGUCAAUCAGUUCAAAGUCAAGCACAAGGUCAAAGUCGCAUUAACGGUGUGAAAUUGCCUACUAUUUCGUUGCCAACCUUCAAUGGUUCGUAUGACCAAUGGCUCGAGUUUCGAGAUACUUAUCUGUCAAUUAUACAUAACAGUAAUAAUUUAGAAGAUGUUCAAAAAUUUCAUUACUUACGUUCCGUCCUUACGGGCAACGCCCUACAAGUCAUUAAAGCGCUGGAGUUUUCUGCUGGUAAUUAUUUAGUGGCUUGGGGUCUUUUAGAAAACAGAUACAAUAAUAACCGUCUAUUGGUUCAUAAUCACGUGAAGGCAAUAUUUUCAGCUCAGUCAAUACCUAAAGAAUCAGCUGCUCACAUUCGUAAAUUAAUUGACACAAUUUUACGCAAUAUUCGUGCACUUAAAACUUUAGGAGAACCCACUGAUACAUGGGAUACAUUAAUUAUUUACAUAAUAGUUUCGAAACUAGAUUCGUCAACUGAGCGUGAGUGGGAACUUCAUAAGAGUAAUUCCACUAACAGUUCCGUAGAUAAAAAAAAUUUACUAUCAGAUUUAUUAACAUUUCUAAAAGAUCGAGCUGAUUUUCUAGAAACUGUGAAACAUUCGCAGAAUCAUCCAGCCACUGUAGAUACUAAUAAUAAUAUUCACACAAAGAAGUCGUUAUCAGUAAAAUCACACAGUUAUGUUACAACACAAAAGGUUAGCAAAGGGUUAAAUAAUCCACAACGUUACAAGUGCAAUAUGUGCGGUUCCAAUCAUCCCAUUUAUUCAUGUGAAGAGUUCCUUAAUUUAUCUCUUCGAGAUAAAUUGCACAUCAUUGAAGAAAAGGGUUUAUGUGUUAAUUGUUUACGCAUAGGUCACGCAGUCACCGAAUGUUGGUUUGGACCGUGCAAGCAUUGUAAUAAGAAGCACAACACAUUAAUUCACAACCAUUCAGUAGACACUUGUACAUCAUCGGCAGUGGCGCAUAUCACACAAAAGUCGUCUCACCCUGAACCUAGAUCAAGUGCCACACACACGCAAUUAGCUCACACCACUUCUCAUAAAUCACACACGCUUUACACAGAAGAUAAUAAUAUCAAUAUACACUAUUAUCAAAACCCGGUAUUAUUGUCGACUGCUUUAGUGGAAGUGGCUGACGAGCGUAAUGAAUAUCACACAAUACGAGCCCUUCUGGAUAACGGAAGUCAACAUUGUUUCAUUACAGAAACAUUGUGUAAAAAACUUAAUAUUCCAUUGAUACAGUCCACUGUUCAAAUAAGAGGGGUAGGUAAUACUGUCACUCAAUCCACAAAAUCUUGUAGCAUUCAAUUGCGAUCCAAAGUAAAUUCAUUUAACACACGCUUUAACUGCUUAGUGUUGUCUUGUAUUUCAUCACACUUACCGACACAGAGUACAAAGGGUGACAUAGAAAUACCUGAAAACAUUCAACUGGCCGAUCCUGAAUUCUGUUCGUUCGGUGAAAUACAUUUGCUGAUCGGGGCGGACAAGUUCUGGGACCUGCUCAGUGAGGGUUUAGUGAGAUUACCAAAUGGUCCAUAUUUACAAAACACAAAAUUUGGAUGGAUCAUAUCUGGUAUUGUACACAAAAGAGUUUCACACAUUAAACAGACUCAGUGCAAUUUCACACAUAGUACAUUAGAUUCUGAUUUAAAACGUUUUUGGGAACUUGAAGAGAUUCCUAUUAGUAGUAAUAAAUUCACAAAAGAAGAAAGUACAUGCGAAAAGUUAUUUAAAAACACUACUUUACGCGUAGAUAAGGGUCGUUUUUCUGUGCGCAUACCGCUAAGUGAGUCAGCUGAUGUACUCGGCGAUACAUUUACUAUGGCUAAGAACCGGUUUCUCGAACUCGAACGCAAAUUAUUAAGACGCGCACCGGCUUAUAGAAAAAUGUACAUUGAUUUUAUGAAUGAAUAUUUAGACUUAGGACAUAUGAGUCGCAUUUCUGAUUAUAAUAAAAUUUGUUAUUUUUUACCACAUCACGGUGUUUACCGAGAACACAGUUCUACUACGAAGUUAAGAGUAGUGUUUGACGGAAGUGCGAAGUCAACGUCAGGCAAAUCAUUAAAUGACAUCCAACACACAGGACCUGCGUUACACAACGACUUGUUUUCUAUUUUGCUUCGAUUCAGACAAUUCAGACACGUUGCAUGUUCCGAUAUUGAAAAAAUGUUCCGACAGGUACAAAUUCAGGAAGAUCAAAGAAAUUUACAGUUAAUUCUUUGGAGAGAGAAUCCAUCUGAUCCUCUCGGUGUGUACCAACUUAACACAGUGACGUACGGAACUGCGUCUGCGCCGUAUCUUAGUAUGAGGUGUUUGAAGCAACUCGCGUUAGAAUGCACAGAUAACGUCAUCGCACAAGUAAUUAAUGACGACAUUUUUGUAGAUGAUCUUGUGACCGGGCAUGAUGAUCAAAAAACAUUAUUAGAGAUUUGCAACAGUGUUUCUAAAGUUCUAGAAUCUGGUUGUUUUCACCUGAGAAAGUGGGUAUUUAAUUCACCAGUUACACAAUCAAACCUAUUCGCUUUUAAGGAUUUAUCGUUCGGUAAAAACUGUCACACUAAAACACUGGGAAUGGGAUGGUUUUAUUCUUCUGACGAAUUAUGUUUUGACACUAAAUAUAGUCAAAAUGAACCUCAUGUUACUAAACGAACCAUUCUUUCCAUUAUCGCACAAACAUAUGAUCCAUUAGGUUUGCUUGCACCAACUGUUAUUACUGCUAAAAUCAUAAUACAAAAGCUGUGGUUAGGUAAAUUGGGCUGGGAUGACCCGGUGCCUAAAUCGAUCUUAUCAGAUUGGCAAAACUUCAUUAAUAAAUUUCAUAAUUUACAGAAUAUUCGAAUUCCACGUUGUGUAAUAGGAGAAGGUACGGAUAUGAUACAAUUACACAUUUUUUGUGAUGCUUCACAGUGUGCGUACGGUGCUUGUGCAUAUAUACGUAGUGUUAUAGAUAAGAAUAGGAUAACAGUACAUUUGUUAUGCGCCAAGAGUCGAGUCGCCCCGGUGAAACCGGUUAGCAUACCGCGCCUAGAAUUAUGCGGUGCAUUACUGGGUGCAAGAUUGUUUAAAAAAAUAGAGAAAUCAUUAAGAUUAACCUUUGAUAAUGUCUAUUUUUGGUCGGACUCCACAGUAGUAAUAGGAUGGCUUAAAAUGUCGCCUAAUUUAGUAAAACCAUUUGUACAAAAUCGCAUUGUAGAAAUUAAUGAGCUCACUGGUAACAAACAAUGGUUUCACGUCGCGGGUAAACAAAACCCGGCUGACUUGUUAUCGCGCGGAAUGCACCUAGAUUUACUUGCGUCGUGCGACAUGUGGUGGCACGGACCCGCAUUUUUACAGACUCACAAUUUGGAAUGUGAUGAAAACAUGCGCUGUUGUGACAUUGAUUGUGAUGAAUUGCCAGAAUUGAAACCAGUUAAAUCUUCUGCACUAGUUCAGAUAAAUUCAGAGGAUUUUUUGUUUCGGAGAUUUUCAAGUUUUAAUCGUUUACGCCGUGUGGUAGCAUACAUUCUUCGUUUCACACAUAAUAUUCGUAAACUAAAGACAGGUACACAGCGUUUCACAGGUUGUUUAUCUGUAAAUGAAUUGAAUAAUUCAAUGAGAAUUUUAACUCAAAUCGCACAGCAACAAUCUUUUCCAGAGAUUUAUGAUAAUUUAAAAAAUAAUCACCCGUUUAAAUGUUCACGUAGUAUUUCUAGUUUAAAUAUAUUUAUGGACGAACAUAAUUUAAUUAGAGUAGGAGGAAGACUAUUGAACUCUGACUCGUUUUCAUAUGACAAAAAGCAUCCAUGGUUGUUGUGUAGCAAACACAUAUUUACUAGACUUAUUUUUGAGCAUCAGCACAAGGUAUUAAUACACGCUGGGCCGCAGUUGCUUUUAGCAACUGUUAGAGAAACAUGGUGGCCCUUAAAGGGACGCAAUUUAGCAAAACAAGUUGUACACAAGUGUGUAAGGUGCACGCGAAUGCGAGCUACGCCAAUGAAAAUACAAAUGGGUAACUUACCUAAUGAACGGCUUGUGCCAGGAUAUCCAUUUUUACGUUGCGGUGUCGAUUAUGCCGGGCCAUUGCUCAUGCUGAAUCGCGCAGGUAGGGGGGCAAAAUUGACCAAGUGUUAUAUUUGUCUAUUUGUAUGCUUUGUGACUCGCGCUAUACAUUUGGAGUUAGUCACGAAUCUGACUAGUGAAGCAUAUAUAUUGGCUUUGAAACGCUUUAUUUCCAGACGCGGCAAACCUAUGCGAAUCUUUUCUGACAAUGGUAAAACAUUUGUAGGAGCUUUAAAGGAAUUUUCAAAAUUUUUAAAUACUAAUGAGUCAGACAUUUUGAAUUACACGUCAGAUAACUUAAUAGAAUUUUCUUUUAUUCCCCCAUACUCGCCUCAUUUUGGUGGUUUAUGGGAGGCAGGGGUCAAGUCCUGCAAAUAUCACUUACGUCGUAUUUUAGGAAAUGCACAUUUAACGUACGAGGAGUUGAGUACAGUGUUAGCACAAAUUGAGGCUGUCCUCAACUCCCGGCCUAUAUCUCCUAUGUCCACAGAUCCGACAGAUUCACUCCCGUUAACUCCCGCUCAUUUUUUGAUUGGCCGGUCACUUACUGCACCUGCUGACAGGAACCUGACGACGACAGCCACACAUCGCCUUCCACGAUAUAAUCGCAUAGAACAGAUGAGACAAAACUUCUGGCGUCGGUGGUCUACGGAAUAUAUUUCUGAGCUUCAAAAGAGGACUAAGUGGCAAGGUAACCAAGAAACAUUACUUCCGAACACGCUGGUUCUAAUAAAAGAAGAUCACCUUCCGCCCCUGAAAUGGCAACUUGGACGAGUGCAGAAGACGUUCCCAGGCCGAGAUGGCCUCUCUCGUGUGGCAGUCAUCAAAACAGCGACUGGCAUUAUCAAGAGGACGUAUCCAAAACUUUGCCCACUCCUACAACCAUAGUAGCUUCGUUGGAACCUGGUGCUUCCAAGGCUGGGAGUAUGUCUACGAGCAACGCCAUCUAUUACAAUUCGGUGACAACACGACGCCAUCGACCGGAGCAGGCGCCGCUCUGUUUUAUCGAUCGGUGCGGCCAAUAAGGAAAGAGGAAGAUUCUGUUUUAACGACAUUAACAUUUUACAUUGUUUUUUAACAACCGCCGUUUCUUUUCUAACUGGAACGUGGAAGAAAUCUCUCUCUCUUAUUUAAGUACUAAUUUAGUAUUUUUGUAACAAUAAAAUAAACGCAUUAAUUCACAUCAAUAAUAAAGGCAUUCAUUGAAGGCAACCUAAGUAAAAUCCUGGAAGCGAGUGCACGCAUUGCCGUACAUAAGCCGUGCUGACACCACACAUUGGAAGU